ACGAGAAACACGUGGACUCUCUCACGAGGAGGUGUCUGAUUUUGUCUGUUUUUGUUUUUAUGAUUACACACAGAAUCCAUUUCCGCAAAUCGGAUUCAUGUUUUUGCUUUAUCGUAGGCUUCCUUCAUUUGCACGAACAACAACAACCCUUCUCUGCAAAUCUAUGGAGCCUGCGAUAUCAACAGCGACUUCCUCUUUCGGUGGUGGGUCUUCUCGACUCUCCGCUUUGGCCCAGCAACUUCGCCGAUACAAGCCGCCACCUUCUUCAUCCUUCGAUGACGCCGAGGAGAUGCAGACAGAUCAGGAGACCGCCGGGAAAGUGGUUUCUCAGGUUGGAUUUCAGGAAUCUAUUGCUCCGGUUUCGAAAGACCCUGAGAGGUUUAAACCCAAGAGAGCUGCUGUGUUGAUCUGUAUCUUUGAAGGAGAUGAUGGUGAUUUGCGUGUUAUUCUUACUAAGAGAUCUUCCAAAUUGUCUACUCACUCAGGAGAAGUUUCACUGCCAGGUGGGAAAGCGGAGGAGGAUGAUAAAGAUGAUGGGAUGACUGCAACCAGAGAGGCUGAGGAAGAGAUUGGAUUGGACCCUUCUCUUGUUGCUGUUGUCACUUCCCUCGAACCAUUUCUCUCUAAGCAUCUGCUAAGAGUAAUUCCUGUGAUAGGAAUCUUGAGGGACAAAACAAAAUUCAAUCCGACACCAAAUCCUGGGGAAGUGGAAGAUGUGUUUGAUGCACCCUUGGAAAUGUUCCUUAAGGAUGAGAAUCGAAGAUCUGAAGAGAGAGAGUGGAUGGGCGAAAAGUAUUUGAUCCACUACUUUGACUACAGAACAGGAGAUAAGGAUUAUAUGAUAUGGGGUUUAACUGCCGGGAUUUUGAUCAGAGCUGCAUCUGUGACUUAUGAAAGACCACCUGCUUUUAUCGAGCAGUGCCCUAAGUUUAAGUACCCUAAAAUGGUAGAGAAACAUACUUGUAUGCCUUAAUGAACAUAAUUUUUCGAAUGAUGCUUUCCUAGAUUAGUCUUCUUCCACUAGAAGAUCAACACCAAGACAAUAACAUUCCAUACAAUUGAUUCUCUGUACCAGUGAAUGCAGAACUUGGCUACUUGCUUAUAUAUAUGCAGACGCAGUAGCUGAAGCUCCAGUUUAUUUCCUGCUGGGGCAUCUCACUAUAGGUUUCCAUGAAUCUUAUGUUUGUCUUUAGAUAAUUGGAGGGGUUUCUUUCUCAGCAUGAUCUAGGAUUCUCAAUUAUGAUGCAGAGAACAGUUGGCUUGUUAUGAUUCUAGGCAAACAUCACCCUCAAUUGUGGAUUUGGAGGAAAACUCGUACUCAGUACUCACCUUCAAACACUCAUUUUCCAUUGUAAUACUUGUACUAAAUAUUCGUAUACUGAACAAAUUUGAAAGCAAACUUGUCUUAUGAGCCUUAUGAUUUUUGUUAAUCAUUGUAGAUUCACGCAUCAAUUACAUUGUUAUCUCUGGACUAGACUUGUUGUGUUUCAAUAAUACAUUCAGUUAGAAUUUCU